AUAAGUCCUACUAGGGCUGGGAAAAAAAUCGGUUUUGUUUUAAAAUCGAGUUUGGAGGCCGAAUCGAUUCAUAUUUUCACAAAAUCGAGUUUUUCAAGUUUUUUCCCCCCACCCCACACAUUUUGCAAUCGCCAACUGGCUUUCCGUAGUUUUGCGGAGCGGGAAUCUUGAGCGGCCCCCUCCCCCUGCGCGCGCAGCACUUGUAAUGACAACAAACAAAAUGGCAGAACAACCCGGUGCAAAAGAGCAGCUUCUCCCCAAAAAGGGUACAACGACGUCGAUAAUCUGGAAUUGGUUUGGAUUUACGGCUUCAGAUGAGGGCCAAACAACGCCUCGCUGUAAAAUAUGCCAGAAAGCUGUUGUUGUGGCCUGCAGCAGCACCACGAAUUUAUUUCAGCAUCUGAAGAGAAAACAUGCUCCGGAGUGGGAGAAGUGUCGUCUUCUUCGACGUGAGAAUCAGUCAAGCACGAGCAGCACAGACAGCACCCAGGCUGUAAAGCAAAGGACUCUUGAGCAAAGUUUUUCACGCGGUGUCCCAUACGAGAAGAGCGGAGUCAGGUGGAAAGCAAUUACGGAGGCAAUAACUUUUUAUAUAGCCACGGACAUGCUCCCAGUGUACAGUGUGGAGAAGAGAGGGUUUAACCACAUGCUUAGUGUUUUGGACGCUCGAUAUACUGUACCCAGUCGCAAGUACUUUUCUGAUGUUGCACUUCCACAACUCUACAAUACGACUCGGCAGAAGAUAAACCGUGAGUUGAAGGACAUUGACUUUUAUGCAGCAACCACUGAUCUUUGGUCAAGUCGAACCAUGCAACCGUACAUGUGCCUUACUGUUCAUUAUAUCAAUGAAAGUUGGAAUCUACGAAGCGUGUGUCUCCAAACGUCAUAUUUCCCCGAGGACCACACUGGCGAUACGAUUGGUCAAGAGCUAAAGGAUGCUCUCAACUCGUGGGGCCUUUCAGAAGAGCGUCUAACAUGUAUGACAACUGACAGUGGCACCAAUGUAAUCAAGGCUAUGAAGGACAAUAACUGGCCAAACCUCAAGUGCUUUGGGCAUCGACUACACAAUGCCAUAGUUAAUGGUGUGAAAGAUGAACGCAUAGACCGGGCGAUAGGAGUGUGCAAAAAGGCAGUUUCAGCCUUUUCCUACAGCUGGAAGAAAAGAAGGGACAUGGCUGAAGUUCAGGCAGAGCUCGGUCUUCCUCCUCAUCAGCUGGUUACAGAAUCCUUAACAAGAUGGGGAUCACGCCAAAAAAUGAUUGACCGUUUCCUGGAACAAGAAAAGGCGAUCGUCCGGGUUCUUGGUGCAGAUAAGAAAAGCAGGCAUCUUGUACCAACGUGGCAAGAUCUUGAAGUGCUGGAAGCAACAAAUAAGGCGGUCAAGCCCCUUCAAGACUUCACAGAUGCACUGAGUGGGGAGGCUUACGUUAGUGUUAGCUAUAUUAAACCUGUCCUCCAUUUAUUUAGAACUAGCCUCCUGCAGCCACAAGAAGAAGAUGUAGCUCUUACUGCUACAAUAAAAAGAAACAUCAUGAGCUAUCUUGACAAAAAAUACAGUGACCCUGAAAAUGAUGAGUUAUUAGACAUGGCGUCGCUUAUGGAUCCACGUUUUCGCAGCACCUACAUUGACCCUAGCAAACUAGACCUCAUUAAAAAAAGAGCUGUGACUGAACUCUCUGCUCUCUACUCACAGAAUAGUUCUGAAACAUCAGUGUGUGAAAAUCAACGCUCAGACUCUCCACCAAAGAAGAAAACUUUAGCUGCCUUCUUCAAAAAAGCAGUACCAACCUCACUACCCCACCAGACAGAAAGUGACAAAAUUGAAGCAGAGCUCAACUCCUAUCUUUUGAGUCCUGUGGUGGAUCCAGACACUGACCCACUAGAGUGGUGGAGGCAGCACCAACCCAACUUCACAAGACUCAGUCGUCUUGCAAGAAAGUACUUGGCCAUUCCUGCAACCAGUGCCCCGUCGGAGAGAGUCUUUAGUGUAGGUGGGGGUAUUGUCACCUGUCACCGAGCUUGCCUUAAGCCUGCUGUUGUUGAUCGGCUAAUUUUUUUAGCAAAGAAUGUUUAAUGGAACUUUUCAUGUUUAAUGAUGUUGUUCACAUUUUGAACAGUGGUAUCUCAGGAAAUGAUUUUGCUUUAUUUGCUGAUAAUCAGUCCAGAUCAUUUUUAGUUACUUACUAAAAUGUUUCACUUAUUUUCCCUCAGUUGCGAGGAUGCACAAACAAGAUACUAUUCAGUGUCACUUUGUUUAGCUGCUGUUUUCAAAUGAUGACCUUUCCUUGGUCUUGUUCAAGGUUUGUUGUUGCACUUUAACAAAAACAAUAAAUUUAUGUAUUUUUCA